CCAACACCAGCGCUCACCUCCCGCUCGCCGCCGCCGGUGUCUGCUCAUCACACACAAGCCCUGGAUGAUGUGCAUAAAUGGAGUGAUAAGACGCCGCCGCCACCCGUCUCUCUCAUCUUAACUCUGCCAUCAACCACACUCUAUUGCCUCUUGCCUACCUCUUGCCUGACCUUGCCUCCCUCCUGCCCUCUUGCCAUGGCGAUGCUCCGCGACGUGAACGGGCACCCCCUAGCCCUCCCCCUAGCGGCACUACCCACAGUGCCCAUAGCCACCACGCUCGAAGAGCUGCAGCAGCACCUAGCCGCCGCCCCGGACCCACUCACGGCGCAGUCGCUCCUCCGUCACUUUGUGGACGCCCGCAUCGCGACCCGCACAAAGCGCUCCAUCGUUGCCGCCCUCGACAGCGUGCUCGAUGCCCAGCCCCACCUCGCCCACCAGGUCGCCGUCACACGCCAGAUCUACAACCUCCCGCCUUACGACCUCGUGAACCGUACCCACACGAACAUACGCCGCGUGCACCCGGCCUGCGCCUGCGUGCGCUGCGCCAAGCGGCUCAGCGGCGUCGCUAGUGCCGCUAGCGCAGCCGGUGCAAGCGCAUGCGAAGGCUGGCGUGACCGGAGGGAGCGCAGCUUCUCGGCGUCUUCGGCAUCAUCGGCGUCAUCGGCGUCCUCGUCUGCGUCCGCCUCCUCGUCCAUAUCCUCGUCGGCCUCGUCCACCUCGUCCAUAACCGAGUCGCUCGCGUCCUCAGCCUCCUUCGCAUCCUCUGCGUCCCCUGCAUCCCCUGCGUCCUUUGCGUCCUCUGCGUCCAUCGCGUCCCCCGCCCCCUCCUCCACGGCCUACACGUCCCCCGCCUCGUUCUCCACAUCCCGCAGCGCCUGCUCAUGCAUCUGCGCGCGAUGCGACGAACCCCGCCUCUCCUCCCCGUCACUUCCGCCACUCCCGCCCGUCCCCGCGCGCCCCGUCCCCACAAGCCGGACAUACGAGCGGCGGGAGCGGCGCGCCUCGUCCUCCGCCUCAUCCACGUCCACCCGCUCUACGGCGUCGUCCAGAUCCAGCGCAUCUCUCGGCAGCGCCCGCACACACGUGCACAUCACAUAUCCUGCCAUCGAGGCGGACGACCCGCCCCCGCCAUACUCCGAGGUCGCGACCGUCGCCCCGGUCAUGGCAUAAGGCUGCGCACCGUUCAAGACUUGGACACCGUUCUGACACAUGGACAGAUUGGACACUCGCGACAACGGCUGUGACCUAAGACAAUGGACAUCGAGACACUAUCUAAAACACAACGCCAUCUGGGCUCCCCGACUCUACGAAACUCUCAACCCCAAAACAUCUUCUAAACACUUAUCAUAAUCAAACUAAAUAAACCAAAUUGUAGCCUGAUCGCUUGUAUCCGAUUCUGUCAUGUAUUCUGUAAUCUUGG